CAAAAUCUCAACCAUCGACCUCCCGAGGUCCUCAACAGCAUCACACGAUCUUGAACGCAAAGCCGAUGUCCAAAUGCAUACAAAAGCAGAUAUAUUCGGGCCAGUUCCAGGCUUUGUGUUACGAAAGCCGUUGGCCGCAACUGGAACAUUUCUAGUGUUCUCCAUAUUUGGUUUCCUAGUGUGGUGUCUACUGUCCAACCUGGUAUCACCUCUCAGAAAACACCCUGGACCAUGGCUGGCUCGCUACACGAACCUAUGGCGGUUCUUUCUCGCGCUCAGGAGUGACUACCGCAUCCAAAUCAAAAAGCUUCACGAGAAACACGGGCCUGUCCUGCGAAUAGGGCCUAGUUUGCUAGACCUUGAUAUUCCUGAGUUGGGAAAGGUGAUCUACAGCACAGGCGGAAAUUGGCGAAAGACAGAGUUCUACCAGAAUAACAGCGCCGUGGUCAAUGGCAAGAUUGUCUAUCAUCUUUUCAGCACUACGGAUCAAGAGGAGCAUGCGCGCAUGAAGAGACCAAUAGUUAAGUAUUACUCACAAGGAAGCGUCUUGGCCCUGGAGCCUUUGAUGGACACUGUGAUCAGCGACUUUUGUGAUCACCUCGAAAGCAGGUUCAUGGAUAGCAAGCAAGGCAAAGAGUGCGACCUUGGCCAGUGGAUUGCCUUCUACUCAUGGGACAUGAAUGGCGCUGCUACCUUCAGCCAGCGUUUCGGAUACAUGGACACUGGCCGCGACCAUGACAAGACCAUCGAGAUCGCGGACAAGGCGAUGGACUACUUCCCAGCUGUCGGGCAGAUGCCAUUUCUGGACUUUCUCCUUGACAAGAAUCCAGUAAUGCGCAUUGGCCCACCGAAUCUUGGGACCGUUACACGGAUUGCAGCGGAACACCUCGUUGCUCGGUUGUCAGGCAAAGAUGCCAGCUUCAAUCCGAAGGUACCCGACUUCUUGCAGUACUUUCUCAACGCCAAGAGCACACACCCGGAUCUCGUCGACGACGGAGUCAUCAUGGGGUACCUCCUGGUGAACCUCCUCGCCGGGGCCGACACCACGGCUAUCACGAUCCGCACCAUAUUCUACUACACCCUACGGGAUCCCGCGGUAUACAAAAAGCUGGAGGCCGAAAUCGUUGCCGCCGACCUUGCCAAGGUGGCCCCGUACAAUGCUGCUCGGGCACUGCCAUACCUCGAGGCCGUUGUUCGCGAAUCAAUGAGGAUGCAUCCCGCCGUGUCCAUGAUCCUGGAGCGCCACGUCCCAUCCUCGGGGCUCACCCUUCCCGACGGGUCUUUUAUCCCGCCCAAGACGGCCGUCGGAAUCAAUCCAUUCGUCGCGGGCCGUAACAAGUCUGUCUGGGGCGAAGACGCGGACGAGUUUCGCCCAGAGAGGUGGCUUCGUCGCCCGGGCGACUCGGAUGACGAAUACAAUGAGCGACUGAGGAUGUUCAAUGCCUGCGACCUGACGUUUGGAGGGGGCUCCAGGGUCUGCAUAGGCAGGAGCUUGGCGUAUCUGGAGAUAUAUAAGAUCGUGGCUACCUUGGUUGGACGUUAUCAGAUCCAGUUGGUUGAUCCGACAAGGGAGUGGGAGAUCAGUGGCAGUUGGUUCCCUAGGCAAAGCGGCAUCAUGUGUUAUCUCAAGAAGAGAGCUUGAAUCAGAUGGGAUCGGCUCUCUCACAGGGAGUUUUUUUCAUUAUCACCUGGGAAGUAUUAUUUACUGGCACGUCGGAAGUAGGUCCAACCCUGUUCGGAAGAGAGCAGUGAUAAGAAUGAGGACAUUGUCAUGUUUGCUAAGCAUCAAACUAUCUAGCUACAAGAGUAGGUAGUUGCUCGAAGACGGUCCAUGUGGUGUCCUUGCUCCUGUUCCUGUGCCGCCAUAUCACCCCAAUCAAGCCUUCCAUCGCGACGGUGUCAAACUGUUUCCGGACAGAGUUGUAUGUGGUUCUAAGUAGGUAGGCGACUCGGGCGAGAGUCUCUUGUUGAUGAACGCCGACUUAGUUGCAGCAAGUCACGCAACCAACAGGGGCUCCCAGGCAGCACACGUAGCACUAUGGUAACGAAUAUGAGUGUCAUUUUAUUGA